AUGGGUGAGAAGGAUGAUGGAUUAGGCUUGAGUUUGAGCUUGAAAUGUCCGGAAAAUUAUCCACCACCACCACCGCCGCCGGUGGACGCUAGUUCCAGCGGCGUUACACGAUUUCCGUUGAAUCUGUUGCCGUCUCCACCUUUGUCAUUCGUUCAACAACGUCAUCAUCAUGUUUCGAAUCAUCAGAAGCUAUCGUUCAUGAUCAAUCAUGCUCUUCCGCCUGCACUUCCUCCUCCUGAUCUGAAUGCGGAAACAAGAUCCUACGCUCGCGGAAUCGACGUUAACCGGCCGCCGUCGACGUCGGCUCUGGUGGCCCUAACGGCGGAACGCGACGACGAAGCAUUGGUUUCGUCGCCGAACAGCACAGUGUCGAGCGUGAGCGGGAAGAGAAUCGAGAGAGAGGAGAACGAGGCGGAGCGAGAAUCAAGCUCUCACGGAAUCAGCGGCGAGGAGGAGGAGGAAGGCGGAGAUGCAUCGGCGGCGAGGAAAAAACUCCGGCUAUCCAAAGACCAGGCGGCGGUGCUCGAAGAAACAUUCAAAGAGCACAACACCCUGAAUCCGAAGCAAAAACUGGCAUUAGCGAAACAGCUGGAUCUGAGGCCAAGGCAGGUGGAAGUUUGGUUUCAAAACAGAAGGGCAAGGACGAAGUUGAAGCAGACGGAGGUGGAUUGCGAGUACUUGAAGCGUUGUUGCGAUACACUGACGGAGGAAAACAGACGGUUGCAGAAGGAGGUCAACGAGCUCAGAGCCCUGAAACUAUCUCCGCAGUUUUACAUGAACAUGAACCCUCCAACCACCUUGACGAUGUGUCCUCAAUGCGAGCGUGUAGCCGUCUCGUCCUCUUCGUCGUCCUCCUCCGCGGCGGCCGCCACAUCUUCUGCGCUCGGUUCGACCAGUCUUCCGAAAGCGCUCCACCAUGGCUCGAUGACCACCAACCACCAAAAGCAAAACAACCCGUUCCUCCCUAGAGCCACCAUCAUCCCCCAUCGGCCGCUCGACACCCACCAUCCUAGAUGGUGAAAUUACGGAAUCGCCCUUGAGGGGGUGAAAGAUGUAGAUGGUGGGAAUGAUUUUGUUGGAUUAAAGUGAGAUUUGAUGUAGGAAUGGAAG